GUGCUUGGAGCCUUAUAAGAAAAAGCUGAAAAAGUUUCUAUAUAUUUUUUUUCAAGUGUCAAUCUUGAAUUUGACAACUUCGAGUCCACAAUCACAUGCUCCACCUUUAAUGAGUUUGGAUUUUUAGAAUAUAGUUGUAUUCAAACAAAUAAGUAAGGUAAAGUGAAAAACAAGAAAUAGAAAACGCAUGCCAAUACUAUAUUAUCUGUUAUAUAGUACAUUCAUUUGGUUUAUUAUUAUAACUUAAUAUUAUCUGUAAAAAAAAAAAAGGCCCAACUGACAUUCUACAGAGAUAUGUGCAGACUUAUUGUAUUGUGUAAACUUUUUUCAUAAAUAUAUGCUCAGCUAUCUUAAAUAUCAAGCCUCUUUCAACCCAUUUUCUCUAUUCAUUUAUUAUUAGUGCUUUGAAAUUAUAAAUUUAUUGCUUGUAUGUUCUCUUCUCUUGUCUCUACAAUCCAGUCAAAGGUACUUAAUCUGGGUCUUGUUUCUUCAAAUAUAUAUAUAUAUAAUAUUUUUUCAUUAAAUAUUUCUUUUCUCUUUGCUCCAUUAUUCUAUAAUAAUAAACUGCAAUUAUUAUUUUAUAUUUCCUAAUUGUUAUUUAUUUAAAAUUUAAAAUUCCUCAUUUUUUCCCCAUUUUCUCUUUGGUGGGUCGUUUAUAUUCGAGAUCUUUCGAAUUGGGUUUCCCAGAUUUUUGAAUUAUAUCCUUCAUUCUUUCUCCCCCAAACUACUGUUUCAUUCGUUCUCAGUGGCUUCGCUGAAGUUCAAAAUUUGAAGACAAAGCUUUCUUUAAGCUCACAGCUUUAGAGUGUUUCAUAGCUCAUUCAAAGGUGGUUUAUUUUUCCUGCCAUUGUGGAGCUACAUAUCUUCAUAAAUGUACUAACGUAUGUAUGCACCUUGAUGUGGUAGCUGUGUUAAAAUUAAGGACCUGAAGAUGGAAAAACGGAAAUGGUUGUGGAAGAGAAAGUCUUCUGAGAGGAGCCCUUGUGAAUCCGAAAGUACUGGUUCUGUAUCUUCCCAUUCCGAGAGGUUGUCUGAUGAUCAGCAGGAUGCAAUUAAGGGGUCUCCUAAUCACUAUACUCAGUCACUUGAGCCCGAGGUAUCAUCCAAAGCUGUAGCCGUUACUGAAAAUUCGGAUGACAGUUCAUUAAAAUCAGAAGACAUUAAUUAUAGUGUGAAGACUCUGACGGAGAGAUUAUCAGCAGCUCUUGUCAAUGUUAGCGCCAAGGAAGACUUGGUGAAGCAGCAUGCCAAAGUUGCUGAAGAAGCAGUUGCAGGCUGGGAAAAGGCUGAAAAUGAAGUGACAAUUUUAAAGCAACAACUUGAGGCUGCAGUUCAACAAAACUCAUCAUUAGAAGAUCGAGCAAGUCAUCUUGAUGGGGCACUAAAGGAAUGUGUCAGGCAGCUGAGACAAGCAAGAGAUGAACAAGAGCAAAAAAUUCAAGACGCUGUGUCAAAGAAAACUCAAGAGUGGGAAUCUACAAAAUGCCAACUUGAGAACGAACUUGUUGAACUCAAAAACAAAGCUGGAGAUAAUAAAUCUUCUGCCCGUGUGGAUCCUGAUCUUUGUCUUAAGCUUGAAAUUUUGGAGAAAGAAAAUUCAGCUCUUAAUCUUGAGAUACAAGCUCAAAUGGAGGAGUUGGAAAUAAGGGCAAUUGAGAGGGACUUGAGUACUCAAGCAGCUGAAACAGCCAGCAAGCAACAUCUUGAAAGCAUCAAGAAGGUUGCAAAGCUUGAGGCUGAGUGUCGAAAGUUGAAAGCAAUAGUUUGUAAAUCAUCCUUGGGUAACGACCACAAAUCCACGACUGCUUCCUCAACUUAUGUCGAGUCUUUUGCAGAUAGUCAUUCAGACAAUGGUGAGCGCCUAAAUGGAGUGGAAAGCAAUACACGUAAGCUCCAUAGCUUUGAAUUAAGCAAAUGUGACCUCAAUUCUUCAGAUUCAUGGGCGUCUGCCCUUAUUGCUGAACUUGAUCAAUUUAAGAACGAGAAGACUGUUAAUAAAAAUCUCCCAUCUUCCUCCAUUGAAAUUAAUUUGAUGGAUGAUUUUCUUGAGAUGGAGCGACUUGCUGCAUUACAACCCACUGAAAGCAGUUGGCUGGAAUCUGAAGUUGUUGCUGAUGAACCUAACAGUAAUAGAGAAAGUGUCCUAAGAACUGAACUUGAUGCCAUGAUUCAGCAAAUAGCUGAGUUGGAAGAGAAAUUACAGAAGUUGGAAACAGAGAAGGCUGAACUGGAGACUGCCUUAAGAGAAAGUCAAGAUUGUAUUGAGGCUAAUAGAUCCAACAAUAGGGAGAGUGUCCUGAAAACCGAACUUGAAGCCAUGAAUCAACGAACAACCGAGUUGGAAGAUAAAUUAGUAAAGUCAGAAAUAAAACAGGCUGAACUGGAGAUUGCUUUGACAAAAUGUGAAGACUUCGCUGAUGAAUCCAAAUAUGCAGAAAGUGUCCUUAGAAGUGAACUUGAAGCUAUGAUUCAUCGUACAGCUGAGUUGGAAGAGAAAUUAGAAAAGUUGGAAAUGAAAAAAGCUGGACUAGAGACUGCUUUAAUAGAAAGCCAAGACUGUGCUACUAAGUUGAAACAUGAAGAAAAUAACCUUAGAACUGAACUUGAAACCAUGAUUCAUCGAACAAUCGAGUUGGAAGAGAAUUUAAAGAGGUUGGAAACAGAAAAGGCCGACCUUGAGACUGCUUUAACAAAAAGUAAGCAUUGUGCUAAUGAAUCCAAGAAGGGAGAAAGUGUCCUGCAAACUGAACUUAAAGCCAUGAUUCAACGAAAUGUUGAGUUGGAAGAGCAACUGAAGAAGUUGGAAACUGAAAAAUCUGACCUGGAGAUUGCUUUAACGAAAAGUCAAGACUGUAUUGAGGCAUUGCGACUUCAGCUGAUUGAAGCUGAAAUGAAAAUGGAGGAGUUGAAAGAGGAACUAAAUAUUGCAAAAGAGUCAAAGGAGAUGAUUGAGACACAACUCAUCAGCUUGGAAGCAGAAACAAGUACCAUGUCUGAGGCACCACGACUUCAGAUUGAAGCAGAAAUAAAAUUGGAGGAGUUGAAAGGGGAACUAAAUAUUGCAAAAGAGUCAAAACAGAUGAUUGAAACUCAGCUCAUCAGCUUAGAAGCAGAAACAAGGACAAUGUUUGCAAAAGUCAAAAUACUAGAAGAAGAGGUUCAAAGAGAGAGGGCACUGUCAGCAGAAAUUGCCAUUAAGUGUCAGGACUUAGAGGAGGAGCUAUCAAGAGAGAAGGACGAAGUUCAACUUCAGCAAACUGAAUGCUCUAAUAGCGAGUUGAAGAUAAAGCAGGAAGACCUGGCUGUAGCUGCUACAAAACUUGCAGAGUGCCAGAAAACAAUUGCAUCUCUUGGGAAUCAACUUAAAUCUCUAGCAACAUUAGAAGAUUUCUUGAUUGAUGCUCCCAACAUAAUAGUCCCUGCAGGUGCACCACUGAUUCAAAAAACUGGACAACACUGGAAGAUGCACUCUAAUCAGACAUUUUCACCAAAACGAGAUUCUAAUUCAUCAAAAGCAGCGGAGGAAAGUUCUGCUCCUGCACAAAGCAAAAACCAUGACAAUCCUUCACCACCUUCGUCUUCUUCAUCAUCUUCAUCAACUUCAGCUACAGUACAGUCAACUCAUGUCAGCUCUGAGAAGAACAGAAAUGGUUUUGCCAAAUUCUUCUCUCGAACUAAAAGUGGGAUAAGACUAGAGAUUUAGUUUAAGUUAGGUGCAAUAGGAAAAAAAAAAACAGGGGACAUGCACUGAUAGCUUGUUUUUGUAAAAAUGGAUUUAGAUUGUCUCUUAGUUUUUUUUUUUCUUUUAACAUUGUUUUGCUUAAGUUAGAAAAGCCAUUAAACGACUAUGUUUUAUUGAGACAUGUAAUCUCAAAAUCAGGAAUCAUUAUUUCAAUUCAGAAAAACCAUGUAACAUUUGAAGUAUAUUUAGUUCUAUAGCUAUCAAUGAUUUUUAAUGGAAAUGUUUAGUUAAGAUCA